GGUCCACAGGUAGCUCAAGCAUUACCCAAAGGAAGUAUUCAACAUUAACUAAAAUGUCUUCUACCAAACCUCCAAGUGAAAAUGAAACACCUAAAGAGAGAAAACCAGGACUGAGGAGUGUUCAAACAACUAUGCUUUUCCGAGCUGUGAACCCAGAGCUUUUCAUUAAACCUAACAAACCUGUGAUGGCAUUUGGACUCACAGCAAUUACCCUCUGUGUGGCCUACCUUGGUUAUCUGCAUGCAACAGCAGAGAAUAAAAAGGACCUUUAUGAAGCCAUUGACAGUGAGGGGUCCAGGUAUAUGAGGAGGAAAACUUCCAAGUGGGACUGAGAACAUAAGGAAGGAAAUCAGCAGAUCAGUCACAGAACAUUUUGAGGCAACUACUAUUUUUUUCUCUGUCCAUUGAAAUAAUGGAUAAAUGUCUUUCUUGCUACUUAAUCCAAUAUAAGUUCCUUUAUAAAAUGGCGUGCCUGUGCAAAUAAAUUGCAAUUAAGAUACAUGCAAACAUAAAAGUGAAAUUAAGAA